AUGCUGCCGAAGUCAGCUGUAGCUCCCGGAUGCACCCUGAGCAUUAACCUUGAGGACGGAGCACAGCCGGGGGACUCGAUUAGAGUAAGACAGUCGGAGGACAUCACGGGUCCUGGAGCCAUGGUGCAGCAGGCAGCUGUCAGGGAGCAUCCCCAGCUGGGCCAGCAGCAGGGGCGGACGGUUUUGCGCACAAUGCGUUUUCGGGUCCGCCUUGCGGAGGGGGUAACUCUAAUGGUGACCGGGUUCAUCAAUAUACAGAACAGGGCGCGCCUGGGGCUGCAGUCCCCAGGUGUCGACCUCCUGGCGCCCUGCCCCGCGAACGAGAGCGGGUCGUUCGUGGUCUUGCAAAAUGGCAUGCUCGUACAUGCCGUGUGCUGGCCUCCGGGCCUCCAGGCGGCCACGCUGAACAACAUGACCCGCCCCGCCGCCUUCCCUGGUGUCCAGCAGCUGCGCCCCACACUUCCCGCCCAGGCCCUCAACUGCUCCAACAGCAGCGACGUGCACCCCCUGGAGCGGUGCUGGCCACUGCGGGGGUUGUACCAGGACGUAGCUAUGUCCGGCCAGGACCCCGACGAGCAGGGCCAACUGUGGCCGACCAAUAUCUUCCUGCGGCUGCUCAAUAUGCAGUUUGCGUGUGUUGCGGUGAUGACGGAGACGUGCCUCAAGGAGCUGGGACCCACUGCAUGCUUUCUGUACAUGAGCUCGACGCAGCGAGUGGCGGUGAGGUUGUCGCCGCAGCGGCCAUCAGCGCCGGGGCCCUCACUGCCACCGUCGGUCGCCGCGGCGGCAGUGUCCGUGCGACCUGGGGGGGGGGAGGUGUCGGGGUCGAACCGCGGCAGGGCUGGAUUACCGCUGCUUGUGGUAGUGCUGCCCUGCGUGCUGGGAGUUCUCCUCAUCACAACUGUAGCCGCGGUAUUCGUCUGGUUCCUGGCCGCUCGGUACUGGCGAGCAGACAGAAGAGCCGGGUGGAGGCUGCCCGGGCACUCCGAUGGCAGCGACAAGCUCGCGGCCGCCUCGGGCGCCGACUCCCCCCCUGCGGGCGCCCAGCUGUGCAAGGGCCGCUCCUCGGAGUCUCUGGAUCCUGUGGGGUCCCAGGGGAGCACCGACGUACUUCAGCGGCAGCCUAGCAAGGGAGGGGGGGCAGGGCCCCGCAACCGACUGGACGCUGGGUAUGGGGAAGCGGCCCGGCGAGCACAUGCGGUGAUGUCCAGCACUACCGCGGAAACUGCCGAGGUCAAGGUUCUGGCGGGGACGUCAGCGCCUAUCAUUCUGGUCGUCUUCGUCGGCUCCGUGGCAUGCGGCUACAUCCUGGCUCCGGAUGCGCUGGUGAUUGUGACCCCCUUCACUCCGCACCGCUCCGACCUGAAGCUGGAUGUGCAGUGCGACACGGAGGUCAAGCUGCUGCCGGUGGUGAGGGGCCAGGGCCCCUCACCUGUCCAACGUCACCUCCCCGGCCCCGUUACGUGCACUUGCGACUCGAGGAACUUUGGCCGCGUGGUGGAGGGUCUGUACGGCGGGCAGCGUGUGGCGGUCAAGCUGGUGCCCGACCUGUCCCAGUGGAGCGGUGCGGGCGGGCCGGCAGCUCUGCAGAGCUACGUGCAGGAGGUGGAGGUGCUGGGUCGCUGCCAGCACCCCAAUGUGGUGCGGCUGCUGGCGGCGUGUGUGACCCCGCCACGGCUGUGUCUGGUGAUGGAGCUGAUGGACACCUCCCUGGACCGACUCAUACAUGCGAUACCACAGCCGGGGCCGCCACAACAGGCAGCGCCAACAAGUACGGGGCAGGAGGUGCAGCUAGGCACGUCCUCUGUGCGAGGUGGGGCCAGCAGCAGAAGCGACGGCUGCGGCUGCGGCGGCAGUAGCGGCGGCGAGGGCGGUCGCGAGAUUAGCGAUCGGGGAUUCAUGCUCAUGCCGCUGGAUAAGGUGUUGCAUGUGGGGCUGGAGGUGGCCCGGGGCCUGGAGUACCUGCACCCCACGAUUGUGCACCGGGACCUUAAGCCAGGCAACGUGUUGCUCAACGACCCCUAUGGACCCCGACCGGUUGUGAAGCUGACGGACUUUGGUCUGUCCCGGCUGCGCAGCAGCGUGCUGGUCACCCGGCACCCCGAGGCGGGCACGGUGUGCGCGCAUGCAUGGGGGCAGCGCAUGUCCACGGGGCAACAAACACAGUCGGUGGGUGUCUUCACAGCGUUGUUGAACCUGUGGGACGACGAAGCUGCCUGCCCGCGAGCAACAUUGGUACAUGUCUAG